AUGCUAAGGUCUAAGAGAAUUUUAAAAGAGAUUCAAGCGGUUAAAGAAGACCCAGAAGCUCAAAUUGAACUACGGUUCGUUAAUGAAUCUGAUAUACACCACAUGAAAGGGUCAUUCAUUGGCCCAAGAGGUACACCAUAUGAAGGAGGAAAGUUUAUUGUUGACAUCAAUAUUCCAGUGGAGUAUCCUUACAAACCACCUCAAAUGAAGUUCGAUACUAAGGUAUACCAUCCAAAUAUUUCAUCAGUGACAGGUGCAAUCUGUCUUGACAUAUUGAAAAAUGCAUGGACACCUGUCAUUACGUUGAAGUCUGCUUUGAUUUCCCUUCAAGCUUUACUACAGUCUCCUGAACCGAAUGAUCCACAAGAUGCCCAAGUUGCAAAGCAUUACCUGAGUGACAAAAAAUCUUUUGACGAAACUGCAGCCCUAUGGACCAGGACUUAUGCCACGGAGAAUGGAACCAAUGGAAGUGAGGAUAUUAAUGGUACAAGUAACGAAGAACAACCAGAUGAAGCCGAUCUUUACGGAAUUGAUCAAGAAUUAGUGAAUCAAUUUAUCGGACAAGGAUUUGAAAGACAUAGUGUGAUAGAGGUCUUAAAAAGACUAAAUAUUAAGAGCAUGAAUCUAGAAGAUAAUGAUACGGCCAAUAAGAUUUUGGAAGAGCUUUUGAAGGAGUAG